UUGUGGAAUGAAGAUUUGGGAGGAGUUGGUGAAAGAAAUGGAUAUUCUUUACGUUCCUGGAACGCAUUAUGAAUUGCUCGAUGAAAAUCGUGGCCAGAUCUGCGGCACAAUAAUGAUGACAACAGCUGCAAUGCAGUAUCAGUCCUCACUUAAAAUCUUAAGUCUUCAUCCAACGAGAUCCAAGCUUCAAGAACGUUUAAUAGAAUUAUUGAAAAGGGGGCUUACAGUCUUCAAACUUAGGACAUCAGUUACAUCAAAACCAGUGAAAGGAGUUUUGCACCUUAACAAUGAAGAAACGACAUUGAACUUUGAAUACGUCUUUUUAAAAAGACAGCGAACGACAAAAAUUUGGCUUAAUGAGCUAUCAAACAUUCUUCCUGGCAAACACGUGGAUGUUAUCAUCAAACAUCAUAGUAACCAAGAAUAUGUAGACCUCUUGGUAUGUUUGCUUGGUAAGAAAGGGCGCAUGUACAUCUUCCAGUGCAAAGAUUUUCAACAGAUGAAGAAAUUUUUCGACGCAUUUCAAGCCAUAUUUGGGGUGAACUUUUUGCAUUAAUCAAAUGCACUGUCAAGAUGCAAAUGACUUUAGUCUCAUCAUACACCUUUAAACUUUACGUAAUUUAAACUAUGAGCUAUUUAUAUAUCAUAUAGCAACAAUGAAUUGAUAUGUCAAGUCUUUCUUAUGUGUUCUCAAAAUAAUUUGAGCAGCAUUUUAGUUUUCAGAUGUUAUGAUUCUUUUGUUAACUUUAAAAGUAGUUCUGAUUCCUGUGAAUUACUCAUAUUCUCGCAUUAGUCCUUUUAUUAGCUACUAAAAUAUAAGUUUGUGAAAAUUGUUUAGUAAUGAUAAUACCUAAAACAAGCAUGUGAAGAUGAUUUCAUCAUA